AUGGCAGGAAGAAAAUUUGCAGGUGUGCUUGUUCUUCACAUUCUAAGCCUGCUUUGUGCUACUUCCCUUUGCUUGCCCACACCAAAAAUACUAGACUAUGAUGUGGACGGUGGACGGGAUCUUGACAUAUUUGACAUCAAUGAAGAGGCAGGACUGGAUCUGGUGGAGGGGGACAUUGUGCUUGACGAGAGGCAAACUCGGAAUUCCAUAAUAGGGGAUAAGUACAGAUGGCCGUUGACGAUCCCAUAUUACUUGGAAGAUGACUUGGAGAUCAAUGCCAAAGGUGUGACUCUAAAGGCCUUUGAGCAAUACCGACUCAAGUCCUGCAUCGACUUCAAGCCUUGGAGUGGAGAAGCAAACUACAUUUCUGUCUUUAAAGGAAACGGCUGUUUCUCCUCUGUUGGUAACCGACAUGUUGGGAAGCAGCGACUGUCAAUAGGAGCAAACUGCGACCGCAUCGCCACCAUCGAACAUGAGUUCCUUCACGCCCUGGGUUUCUGGCAUGAGCAGUCCAGGGCAGACCGCGAUGAUUACGUCAGAAUCAUGUGGGACCGCAUCUCAGAAGGUAAAGAGCACAACUUUAACACCUAUGACGACACCACCUCCAGCUCUCUGGGAGUACCCUACGACUACGGCUCCAUGAUGCACUACAGUAAAAAUGCCUUCCGUAACGGCACUGAGCCCACCAUCGUCACCAAGAUCCCUGCUUUCAGUGACGUCAUCGGCCAGCGGAUGGAGUUCAGUGACAGCGACCUGCUCAAGCUACACCGCCUCUACAACUGCACCCAGGGCUCCACCUUCCUGGACUCAUGCGACUUUGAACGUGAAAACAUCUGCGGUAUGAUCCAGGGACAAGGAGAUAAGGCCGACUGGGUGAGGGUUGCCAGCGCUGCUGGAGGGCCCGACACUGACUACUCCAACCUGGGCAAAUGCACAGGAUCAGGGUAUUUCAUGCACUUCAGCACUGGCACAGCCAGCACUGGAGAUACGGCUCUGCUGGAGAGCAGGCUCCUCUAUCCUAAAAGAGGUUACCAAUGUCUGCAGUUCUUCUACUACAACAGCGCGGGAGCCAACGACACACUGAAGAUCUAUGUCAGGGAGUAUGACGAAGCAAACCCCAGUGGAACAUUACGCUUCAUACAGACCAUAGAUGGAUCCCCUCAGGAGCUGUGGCAGCUGCACCACGUGAGUCUAGACGCCAAAACCAAAUUCCGCGUCGUCUUUGAAGGCACCAAAGUAGGCUCUGGACCCGCAGCUGGGGGACUGUCUCUGGAUGACAUCAACCUUUCUGAGACCACCUGCCCAGAGUUUAUAUGGCGAGUGAAAAACUUCAGUGAUGUUAUGGACAACACCCCAGCAAACACACCCAUCUAUAGCCCCCCAUUCACCUCCAAGGAGGGUUAUACCUUCCAAAUGACGCUGUACCCCAGUGGGAGGGAAGGCUACCCUGGAGAGCUGUCAGCCUACGCUAAUCUGGUGGCCCGUGAAGGGGACACAGGACAGAUAUGGCCAUGCCCCUGGAAACAGAUGACCAUGAUGCUGAUGGACCAGAACCCACACAUCCAGAAGCGCAUGUCCAACCAGCGCAGUGUCACUACCGACCCCAACAUGAAGGCAUCAGGCUCUGACCAGUUUUUCUGGGAUGAUCCUCGCAAGGUUGGAGGUGAGGUCACGGACACAGAUGGAUCAAAGUAUUUCCGAGGGCCAGGCUACGGUACCGCUGUGUAUCUCACCCACCUCAGAGCCAAAAGCAGAGAUUUCAUUAAGGGAGGAGACGCCAUCUUCCUGCUCACUAUGGAGGACGUGUCCCAUCUGACAGAGUCCCAGCCUUUGCCUUCCUCUCCCUCGCAAACUCCCGCCACCCCCGACAGGUGCCUCGAUGUGAAAUGUGAGAAUGGUGGAAUCUGUGUCGUGGACGAAGGUGGACCUGCUUGCAGAUGUGCCGUGGGAGAAGACUAUUGGUACUAUGGAGACCGCUGUCAGCACUCGAGGACGUACUGGGAUACAACCGUCCUUGCACUCGCCACUUCUUUGUCUGUACUGGGAGCCAUGAUAGUGAUUACAUUAGUCAGCGUCUACUGUGUGAGGAGGAGGUACAAGAAUCGCUCCAAGAAUCACGAUAUAAUCAUGAAAAACAUACAUGCUGAUGGCAAACCCUGAACUUUCUAAUCACUUUAACGGAAGAAUGGAUCAAAAAGCAAGCUGAAAGUAAAAUAAAUGGGGACUUUUCGUGCCAAACUUGUGAGCUAAAUAUUGUCUAAACCAGGCUUUAAUAUAUAAAAUUAUUGUAUUUUUCACAACAGUGAACUGAAACCAGAAUCCAUGAUCAAACAUGAUGUUAGAUUGCCCCCUGCUGGUCAUUAAAUCUAAAAACACAA